UAAAUAUUAUAAUCAUCGAUAAAAUAAUAAACGUAAUACCUUUAAUACUAGUAUAAAAGUGUUUAUCGCUUCUGUACCACGCUACUGUCCGUGGAACCAAGAAAAUGGUGCGAGCAAGCUGGAUUGUGUUGCUGGUGGCAGCUAUCAGCUCUCCAGCGCUGAGCUCACAGGACCUAGGCACUCCAGUAACAAUACAGGAGCACCCUUCCGUCGUCCAGGUCGAAGUAGGAGUUCUGGGCACCUGGGUCCAGCAGUGCGCUGGCGCAGUCAUCACUAACUACCACAUAUUGUCCAACGCCUACUGCUUCUCUGGAAGUUACUACGACCGCACGAACCGGCGUAUCAGAGCUGGGGCGACUAACCGAUACGAAAAUGGACAAGUAGUUUAUGUACUAAUAGAGUACAACUACCCGGAUUUCGGCAUCCUGGGCAAAGAUGGGGAUCUGAGCGUGGUCCGCUUGCAGUCCAAUUUGAAACUGGGCAGCGACAUUCAGCAAACCCUUAUCUUGGGCCAGGGAAUAUACUUGCCUUCCUACCUGACAGUGACAGCACUCGGAUGGGGCAGUACUAUUCAAGGCGGCGAGUCAUCCAACAACCAGCUUCACAGGCUAGACCUCGUCACCCACAACUACGAGAAAUGCAUGGAACACUUCCAAGUCCUAGAGGAGCCUGAGAUCAUCACGGAGAACAUGAUCUGCGUGGGCCGACAGUACGACACCGGUAGAGACUUCGAUGGCAGGGAUAUUGGUGCUCCCCUGUUCUACGAAAAUACCCUGGUCGGACUUCUCUCCUUCGGCAAAUCUCAAGCGAAUGACAAGCACCCCGCUGUCGCCACUAACAUUGGAUCAUAUUCCAACUGGAUUGUGUCGGUUGCUAUUGAUUAAAAUUCUGGUUGCUCAUAACAAUACUUUAUUUGUACUUGACUAUGAUUGAAAUACCCUAAGUCUACCAUCAAUUGAGAGUGGAUAUAAUAGCGUAAGUCGACAUCUCUGAAUAACUAUUAUAGUUAAUGCAAUAUUUUGUGGUAUAAUAUUUGACUUAACAUGGCGUCACGUCGCUGUCCCUCUCUGUCUGCUGUUUAAUGAAAGCCUAAAUGUAAUACACGAAUAGAAAAAGAUAGGUAGGUUUUUCUCGGCUAUGUUGGCUUAAGUAAUCAGUUAUUUUUGGCUUAUUAGAGCAUCAUCUUUAUCGUCUAUCCAGGGUUCUGUCGCUAACUUGCUCUUUCAAUAAAUUGGUGUAAUUAACUGCCGACUUUUGUUUUUCCUUUAUGAUGGUUUGAACUACGAAUGAUAUAAGUAUGUGAUUUUAUUCAGACGCCACGACUCGCAAUAACUAUUUGUAAAAAUCUUUCCAACGUGUUUUUUUAAGACCCAUUAUGAGCAUAAAGAUCGCUUUUUAAAUUAAUUGAAUUAUUUAUUUAAUAAAACCUCAAUAAAUAUAUUGUAAGUA